AUGGCACAGUUUAACAGACACACCAUUGAUCAUCGAUCAUUCUACACGAUGUCAGAUGGAGGCACAAGGUGUCUGCUUGACUUCACAGCCAAGUUGUACGGCAAAAACUUUAAAUUUCCUACAUUUAAUGCGCCUCGGAAGAGCAUUAAGUUCCUGGUUCGCGACCUCCAAGAUGCAUUUGACAGCCUCUUUGUCACCAAAACAGACAUCGGCGUCCUCUUAUGCACCAGUGUUAGGCGCAUAUACAUUACAAAGCCAAUUUAUUACCAAAUUCUGGUUCUUUAUGAGGAACACAUGGCUAUGCAGUACAACUACGACGAUGAAGAAGUAGAAGAUGGAACAAGUCUCCAUUGCAUCGAUGACAUUGAUUUGAGACUGUUCAAAUCAAAAGUUGUCUUUGUUAAUUUGCAUGAGAAGAUUCGCCUAUUCAACAUUACGAUCAAAACAACUUCAUCUGGAGCUGGACUGGGAUGGAUCAACUAUGAAUUCACCUUCGACAAUGGUACCACACUACUGUACCUGACAUCAUACUCACUAGAGCAGAAGUUCUAUCUCCCAGCUGAUCCACUUUGUACUGAUUAUUUAUUGAUCAAUAAGAAUGAGCGAGAAUUGGAGUAUCAGGAUCACCAAUUCAAUGAUGACACUAUUGAGAUUGUGAAUGAAAUUGAUGUCCAGAGGGAGAAGACUUCUUCAAUUGAUGAGUUGAUCAAGAAGCAGAGAAUUGAACAGAUUGAAAUGAUUGAACAAAAAGACUUCUACAACCAGGAUGAGCCAUCUCAGAAGCAGCAGAAUACAAAGGUUGAAGAAACAGUAGCAAGAAAAUCAUCGCAAUUGGAUGAAUUUAACAAAUUCAUCAAACGAGCACUAAAACGAGUCAAUGGGUCUAUCUUCAUCCAACAUGAUUUGACAGACAGCUUCAUAGACGUAGCCAUGCAUGUUCUGUCUCUGAUUGAGCAAAGUAGCAUCAACCUGUUCAUUGUCUCCCAUGCAUUUGACAAAAUAUACGCCCAAUUGAACAAUCAGAGUGAAUGGCUCAGGGAACAAUGCGAUAGUGAGCCAUUUCCAUUCAAAAAAUAUCGCUUUUUCAAGCACAUCAGAAACCUGAACUACGCCUUCACUGAGAAACAGAAGAUCAUUUUUGUAGGAAAACACGAGAAGAUACCAGAGAUAUUCAGAACACAGCAGGUUGCCUGUUUCAAUAGGCCAGUUGGUGAAUUGGAUAGGAAGAAAUGCAUCAAUUUCCAGAUCAAAAUGGAGGCAACCGUAAAUGAAAUAGAAGAUGACUACGGAAAAUAUAAAGAAAGAAAAGAGGUAUUUGUGAAUGCAGAAAGAGUAGAAAUUGAUACAAAAAUAACCGAAAUAGAUCUAUUGGUGGAUGAGCACACACUGUUGCAUGGAAACAGCCUCUAUUUGCAUGGCAUCCUGAAAAUAACUGACUUCUAUAAAAAGAAUGAGAUUCAGCACAUUGUAGAGCAGACAGAACACUGGAUGACUGCAAUAAUGAGCAAGAACAGUCAUAUUGUGAUUGGAAACAGCGUGAUAUUUCCUGAAUUGGGUGUCAGAUACGAAAUACAGGAAAAUGGGCAAAUUAGGGAAAUAAACCACUGA